UCCUCGCACCGAUUCCCUCCCUUUUCUGUUCAGGCGCCGCCGCCGCCGCCGCCCGCGCUGCAUUAUGGGACACAAACAAAGUGCUCGGCUCGUCGGCUCGGCGUGAUAAGGCGAGGGCGGGGGAGGAGGAGGAGGAAAGCCCGAGCGCCUGGGCCCCGCGCGCGCAGCCCUCCAGCGGCCCCGCGCCGCCACCGUCCUUCUCCUUCCCCGCCCCCCCCCCCGCCUUCGCCCAGGCCGCGAGAGCGCCUGCGUUGCGGCGCGCGGGACUCGUUCUCCUCCUUCGCGGCCCCCCCCUCCUUUCCCUCCGCCCCCCCCCUUAGCAAAAGAAGCCGCGUCGGGGGCGGCCGCCAUGGCCCUACGUGGGCCGAGCUGAGGAGCCGGGACGGGGCCCGGAGAGGGAGAAGCUGGGCUUUGCGCUUGUUUACCGACCGGCUUAACCUCCCUCGUCUCUCCCGCUCUCGGCCCGCGGGGACAGGAGGGCCUCGCCAAGAGCAGGUCCAUUUUGAAUAUUUGUCGCAGCAAGUAUACAAGUAAAAUGGGCGUCAAAACAUUUACCCACAGUUCCCCAGCUCACAGCCAGGAGAUGCUUGGAAAGCUGAACAUGCUACGUAACGAUGGACAUUUCUGUGACAUCACCAUCCGUGUCCAAGAUAAAAUCUUCAGAGCACACAAGGUAGUCCUGGCAGCGUGCAGUGACUUCUUCCGUUCCAAAUUGGUUGGUCAAGCAGAAGAUGAUGGCCAGAGCGUACUUGACUUGCAUCAUGUGACAGUGACUGGCUUUUUGCCUCUUCUGGAAUACGCCUACACGGCAACAUUGUCUAUUAACACUGAAAACAUUAUUGAUGUCUUGGCCGCUGCUAGCUAUAUGCAAAUGUUCAGUGUUGCUAGCACCUGUUCUGAGUUUAUGAAGUCAAGUAUUUUAUGGAACACCCCCAGCAGUCAGCAAGAAAAGGUGCUAGACACAGGCCAGGAAAACAGUGCAAACUGCAAUUUUACAUCACGGGAUGGCAGUCUUUCUCCAGUUUCCUCAGAAUGCAGUGUGGUAGAAAGAACCAUUCCUGUCUGCCGAGAAUCGCGUCGGAAGCGUAAAAGCUAUAUUGUAAUGUCCCCAGAAAGUCCACUUAAAUGUAACACCCAGACAAACUCCCCACAAGUUUUGACUACUUCAACUUCCUACGCAGAGAGUAGAAGUCAUCCUGUGGACUCUUCCUUAGCUUUUCCUUGGACUUUCCCUUUUGGAAUUGACCGAAGACUCCAGUCAGAAAAGGUGAAGCAAGUGGAAAAUUCUCGGACUCUAGAAGUGCCUGGCCCAUCUGAAGCCUCUAGAAGAAUUUCUGAUUAUAUGACGUGUGAGAGCACAAAAACCAGCUCACCCCUGGUGAUUGAAGAAGAUGUGCGUGUAAAAGUGGAAAGGUUGAGUGAUGAAGAAGUACAUGAGGAAGUAUCUCAGCCUGUUAGCGCAUCCCAAAGUUCUUUGAGUGAUCAGCAGACAGUCCCUGGAAGUGAACAAGUUCAGGAGGACCUUUUGAUCAGUCCGCAGUCAUCUUCUAUAGGUUCAAUAGAUGAAGGUGUCACUGAAGGAUUACCAUCACUCCAGAGUACUUCUGGUGGGAAUAUUCAUGUGGAAGAUGAUGACCGACUGGAGAAUGUCCAAUACCCUUACCAGCUCUAUAUUGCUCCUACAACCAGUAGCACAGAGAGACCUAGUCCAAAUGGUCCUGACAGACCUUUUCAAUGUCCAACUUGUGGGGUUCGAUUCACCCGCAUUCAGAACUUAAAACAGCACAUGCUCAUCCACUCAGGCAUUAAACCAUUUCAGUGCGACCGCUGUGGGAAAAAGUUCACCCGGGCUUACUCGCUUAAGAUGCAUCGCCUGAAGCACGAAGGUAAACGCUGUUUCCGGUGCCAGAUAUGUAGUGCCACUUUCACUUCCUUCGGGGAAUAUAAACACCACAUGCGGGUUUCCCGGCACAUUAUCCGCAAGCCUCGGAUUUACGAGUGCAAAACAUGUGGCGCCAUGUUCACCAACUCUGGAAAUUUAAUCGUUCAUCUGAGGAGUCUGAACCAUGAAGCGUCAGAGCUAGCAAACUACUUCCAGAGCAGUGACUUCCUAGUACCAGACUACUUAAACCAAGAACAUGAAGAGACUCUUGGCCAGUACGAGCUAGGAGAGCAUGGAUUUGAAAGCAGCUCUUCGGUCCAAAUGCCGGUUAUUUCGCAGGUCUCGUCGACCCAGAAUUGUGAAAGCACUUUCCCAUUGGGGCCUCUGGGUGGGCUGCUAGAAAAGGAGGAAGACCUGCCGGAGCAACCGAAAACCCUCUCAAGCGCCGAGGCCAGCCAAGAGGAGCUCCCGAAAGCCGCCGGGCUCUCGUCUAUCACUAUCGAAUAAGUCAAAAAGUUUGGUUUCAUUGGUUUUUUUUUUUUUUUUUUGUCUUCUUGGAAAGUGCCUGUGUUUUGGUCUUGUACAUUUUAAUUUAAUUUUCAGGAAGGGUGGAGUGAAUGUACCCCUUUCCACUUGAUAAGCUAUGCUGUUGGAAGCUCUAAACUGCAACAAGCAUCACACUAUUCUUCACACCUUCAAUGGUCCCUUAUACGGGAAGCAUUUUAAAAUGCAGAGGAAAGGGUCGGUCAGAAUAAGACGGUUAAAUUCAAAGAGCAGCCAAGCACACACCAAGUCUAAAAUGAGGCCUAAUAACUUUUGACGUUGGUUUGCCCAUCCUAAUUUUGCGGCACCUCUCGUUAAGGAAAACUGUAUUGAUGGGUGUUGAAGAUUUGUUUGGACUACAGUUUCCAGUUAAAUAACUAGUGUCGUAGAUCAGGGGUCCUCAAUCUUGGCAACUUUAAGACUUGUGGACUUCAACUCCCAGGCUGAGGAAUUCUGGGAGUUGAAAUCCACAAGUCUUAAAAAGUUGCCAAGGUUGAGGACCCUUGUCGUAGAUGUUUGAUUUUUUUUUUGUUCUUGCUGUUGUUAUAAGGAAUCACUUUUUAAUCUUUCAGUUCUUUUGCAUGCACAUUUUUAAAACCGGAUGAUUCAUUGGCUUUUGGCAAAACAGGUGGGGUGGGAGCUGUGCAGUUAGGCUCACCUGUGCUGGCCGUCUUCUCAUGCAAAUGGCCUUAUCCAAAAACUUCAUUUUCAGAAGUCGAGCCGUCAAGAAAUCCUGAUUCACAUUUAGCAAGUUGGGAUGCUAGAAAAGUAGAGUGAGAAAUGAGUUUACAAAAGUCAAAAAACACCUUUGGCGCGUUAAUGUGCUCUUUUCAAGUUAACGCCUGAAUGUGUGCUAUUUACUGCAUUUUUAUUAGCCUGGGGUUUUGUUUUGUUUUUUAGUAAAGCAAGCCAUUUAUUUUCCCUUAGAGGCAGAGUUUCAAAUCAGUGAGAGUUGUUUACAAAAGACCUGUUUGCAAUGAUAAAAUGUUCCUAUUCUAAAUUGUUUAUAUACCCUUGCCAAGCUGGUUUCAUAAAAGCCAUUAUUCUGACUUCAAGCACAGGUCCAGCAAACAAUCACCAAAUUAUUAUUUUCCCCUAAAAGGAUUCUAAAGGCAACAAAGGGCAUUUACAGGCCAGCAAUUUUGCUUUUGUUGCCAGCAUCUUAUUAGUUAAGUCUAAAAACGAUAUGUAAUUUUUUAUUCCCCUCUAUUUGGGUUUGUUUAAUCCAUCUUUAUUUUUUUAAGGAUGAGAUUUAUGAGGGGAACGUAAAUAAUUUGAAUUUCAUGUUAUCAGACUAAGAAUAUAAUAGAAUACAAUAAAUGGGACUGAUACUUAA